AAGAAGGUCGAUGCAUAAGCGGCCCCCGCAGAGGGAGGCAAAGCGGAAAAGACGCGGCCGGAAGCGGAAGGGCGGCAAGAGUUAGCGGCGUCUCAGUUGCCAUGGAGACGGGAAGAGGCAGAGACGGGCUGUCUGCAGAGUCCGGGUCCUACGCAUUCCGGGGCGCGACGUGGACGCCAACCUCGCAUCUGGCCGGGAUCCGCAGCCCCAGCGAGUCCGCCUGGCUGUCCUCUUUGACCUACUCCGAGGCCUUUCACUACGGCUUCGGGGGCCGGGCCCGCCGCGUGGGGCCCCUCGCGCUCCAGCCGCUCCCCGAGCCGCAGCUGCUGAGUCUGCGCCCCACCUCGCUGCGCAGCCAAGACAUCUCGCACUUGCUCACCGGCCUCUUCCGCAACUUGUACACUAACGAGGUGAUCGGCGAGGACCUGAGCGCGAGCUUGAUCAAGGCCCGCGGCAGCGAGGAUGCGCGCCACGAGGAGUUCGUGGACGAGCUGCAGCGGAUUCGGAAGGUCUAUAAGCAGCGACUGGAUGAAGUUGAAAUGUUGGAGAGACAUAUCAUUCAGGCCCGAGCACGAGCCCUUGCAGAGGAAGAACGGAUCAUGCAACUGGCUGAAGUGCAUGACCUUGAUACCUUCCUCAAGAUGCCUCCAGGUGUGUAUAAUGAACUCCCAACAUGCCCUUCCCCUGAUUCCCCAGCCGUUAAUAUAUUACAGUGUUGGCUCCGCGGACCACUCUCUA